GAAUACGAAUGUCCCGUCUGCAAAUGUGUUUGCCGAGCUGCCGUCUUCCACGAUGCAUGCACGAAGCUCUUCUGCGAGCUUUGUUGGAACAAGGUCUACGGCCAGAAGGAGGAGUGCCCCGUUUGCCGGCAGGGCGGUGAGAUCCAGCCUUCGAACAGAGACCGGGUGAAGAUCAUGAACCUCAAGAUCAAGUGCCCGAAUGGCUGCUGUGCGACUUUUCCCCUGGUUGACAAGCGAAGUCACCUCCGGAUCUGUCCACACCGCAAGGUUCGCUGCCAAGACUGCGGCGGCGCCAUUGGCCUCCAUUUGAUGCCACAACAUCAGAUAGAAUGCGAAGCCAAGUCCCUGAUAUGCAAGAUCUGCGGCGAGAGAGUGCUGGCCAAGCAGAUGCAUACACACUUGGAAGCGAACGCUGGCAUGCACAUCUCUGCUCUGCUGGAUAAAAUCAGCGAGAUGGAGGCCAACUCACAAAAGCAGACACAGGCGCUCCAGGAGCGCAUCGAGAAGCUGGAGGAGGAGGUCCAGGAGCUCAGAGCAGGUGGAGUUGACAUGAACCCGCUGACGGCACCGGAGGUCCUGGACUUUACCUGA